AUGGUUCGCAUUUUCUUUCGUGAGCGGCCAGAAUAAUCAAUCCAAGUUUUGUGAUCAUACAUUACUUUUCACAAACCGCAGCCACAAUUAUAACAGAAGCCAGAGUAAUAGUACCUCUGUAAGCCUACAAGAGUGAAUAAUAAUAGGUAAACAAACGAUUCCCUCAAAACGAGACCACAGCAUUCCCAGUUUCUCCACGCACCUGAUUGUUUGUUGUAAAGUCAGUCGAGUUUUACGGCAGGAAAUCCUGUCACUUUGGUCAAACUACCCAUUCGAGCCUUUUAUUAUCCGUUUCAAUAACCCGUUACGUUUUUUAUGGGUUUGUUUAUCUAUGAACUUCGGGCCCAAAUAAGGAGCCGUCUCCGUGAACCGCCGUCCUAUAGGACAACGACCAGCCUAAACGUUUUUAUAAAAGGCUUCGCCGCGGUUUGCGCUCGUUCAGACUUUUCCGAGCCGCAAGAUGGCGGAACACGGUCCUGUGCUUUGCGUCCGUCCUUCGAGCUGCUUGGUCGAUGUAAGAACCGAGGUAGAAGUUAAACGCUUACCUGCCGACUACAAGGUGACUCUCCACGCGCUGCUCCGCUCCGAGGACGGAGACGACUGGGAAGCUUCCGGCCGUUACACGAGCGACUCCUCGGGGACCGUCAACGUUUCCAGAGAUAAAAGUCUUGGCGGGACAUUCGAGGGGGUCGAAGGCAUGGGUCUGUUUUGGAGCAUGAGACCCGUUCCUGAAAGUAAACCAGGCCGCCGAUUUCGGAAGAAAGACGUCCAGACCCCCGUUAAAGUGAUGUUUUCUGUGUAUGAAGGACACCUUGCUAGGGGCUUUAAGCAGCACGUACCCCUCGCAUCAGCUACUGCUGAACGCUGGUAUCUGGCGCCUGAAGUCCAGAGGGUUGAAGUGACAGAGGCUGAGAUAAAGGGCACGCUCUUCAUUCCUCCAGGUUCUGGGCCCUUCCCGGCUGUGCUGGACCUCUGGGGAGGGCAGGGAGGUCGUGUCGAGUAUCGCUCAGCGCUCCUGGCGUCCCACGGCUAUGUCUCGCUGGCUCUGGAGUACAUGGGGAUGCUGACUGCUGAAGGAAAACUCCAUCACGUGGACAACACCUACUUUGAGACUGCAUUUACAUUUCUACAAAAACACCCGAAGGUUCGUCCUGACAGAGUGGCGGUGAUGGGGAUGUCAUUCGGUGUGUCUGUAACGCUGGGUUUGACCGGAUACUCCGAAAUCGUGAAGCCCAGGUGUGUGGUGUGUGUGAGCGGGAGUCAUAUCAUACCCCUCAAAGGAUCUUUGGCGGAUGUCUACGCAGCACUGCAACAGAAUAUAGACAAAAUCCGCUAUGAUGAGAAGAAGAGAAUAAUUUGGCGGGACCUGUUGCUGCCAGUACCAGAUGACCCUUCCAAGAAAGUUAAGAUGGGCGAGAUCAAAUGUCCUGUUUUAUUAAUCGUUGGAGAGGACGAUCAGAACUGGCCUGCUUCAGAAUCUGCAGCGGACAUGAAGGAGAUGAUGGAGAAGGCUGGGAACAGUCACCUCCUAACGGUUCUCUCGUAUCCCGGGGCGGGUCACCUGAUCGAGCCGCCCUACAGCCCUCACGUCCCAUUCAGUGACUUCAAGCUACUGGAGGCCAAGACCAAAGUGGUGGUGCUUUGGGGAGGAGAGACGGUUCCUCACAGUCGAGCUCAGGAGGAGUCCUGGCACAAAACUCUGGCUUUUCUUGAGGAGCAUCUCUAUGACAACAGCAGAGACGUUACACACUGAGAGACAUCUAGAAAAACUAUAUUGGACUUGACUUGAUGUUAAUGUGUGAACUUUAUGAAGUUCAAAUCAACUUUUAAUCUUUUAAAAUGAAAAUACACAUGAUUAGCCAAAACUCUUUCUUUUCACAUUCAAACAACGUCUUGAACCAUUACAUGCACUGAUGUAUAAAAUGAAUAAACGACUCUCAACUCUAUGAUUAAAAAGUCAGUGGCUUA